AACUCCGCCCUGGGGCCGGACCUCAAGGGCUCACGGCUGACACCGGAAGUAGCGUUCUACCCGACCUUAUUUUACUGGCGGCUGAAUUUCCGGUAGUGGCGGCGCGAAACGGGCCGCGGUCUCUGUGUAGGCCUCUGAGGGGGCGAAUCCGGCGCGAAUCCGAACCAUCAGAACCGCCAACAUGACGGUGGGCAAGAGCAGCAAGAUGCUGCAGCACAUUGACUACAGGAUGAGGUGCAUCCUACAAGAUGGCCGGAUCUUCAUUGGUACCUUCAAGGCUUUCGACAAGCAUAUGAAUUUGAUCCUCUGUGACUGUGAUGAAUUCAGGAAGAUCAAGCCAAAGAACUCUAAGCAAGCAGAAAGGGAAGAGAAACGAGUCCUCGGUUUGGUGCUGCUUCGAGGGGAGAACCUGGUCUCCAUGACAGUAGAAGGACCUCCUCCCAAAGAUACUGGCAUUGCCCGAGUGCCACUUGCUGGAGCUGCUGGGGGACCAGGAAUUGGUAGGGCUGCUGGUAGAGGAAUCCCAGCUGGUGUUCCCAUGCCGCAGGCUCCUGCAGGACUUGCUGGGCCAGUCCGUGGGGUUGGUGGGCCAUCUCAACAGGUGAUGACCCCACAAGGAAGAGGCACUGUUGCAGCUGCAGCAGCUGCUGCCACAGCUAGUAUUGCAGGGGCCCCGACCCAGUAUCCACCCGGCCGUGGGGGUCCUCCCCCGCCUAUGGGCCGAGGGGCCCCCCCUCCAGGCAUGAUGGGCCCUCCUCCUGGCAUGCGGCCACCCAUGGGUCCUCCAAUGGGGAUCCCUCCUGGACGAGGGACUCCUAUGGGCAUGCCCCCUCCAGGGAUGCGGCCCCCUCCCCCAGGUAUGCGAGGCCUUCUUUGACCUUGGCCAGAGUUACGGAAGUAGCAAGUAGCUCCACAGAAGUGUGGGCCCGAUUCCCCAGGGCCACGUUACCACAGACCUGUUUGUUUGUUAUGCUGUUGUUCCUGGAGUCUCACCGGAUUGUCUGGUUUCCCUUACAGGGCCCCCUCCCCCGGGAAUGCGCCCACCAAGGCCCUAGACUCAUCUUGACCCUCCUCUGCUCCUUGCCUGUUUCCUGUGAGGCUGUAUAUAGUCCUUUUAUUUCUUGUGGCCUAUGAAACUGAUUUAUAAUAAACUCUUAAGAGAAUAGUAUAAAUGCACCUGAUGUAUCCAUUUAUUUUAGAAAAACUUUGAUAUAUUUGGUGCUUAGUAGAGUCAAGAAAGGUUGUAUUUAAAAACUAGCUCUAAUUUUAGCUGCUUCCCUGUAAAAUACAUUUAUUCUCAUAUACUAAGAUUUACAAAAUGAAACUAAUGAGACAUUUCCCUCAUUAGACUUUGAAAAUCAGUUUGUUGAAAUAAACAUUCAUAUGCUCUUGGUCAGGGGUGUGAAUUGGUAUAUCCACUUGGGAAGGCACUCAUUUAGAUAGCUCCUUGGGCAGUGCUUUAUGAAAACUGAAGAGAGGAAAAGUUACAGUAUCACUUUCUCCCAGGGUCACACACAUAAUUAAAUACUACUUUUGAAAUGUA